GUGCCACUGCCACAUUCCCCCAGCGGCGCCACGGUUGAGAGAAAGCACGCGUUUUCGGUUUAAUUCCUCCACUCUUCUUCUCGUUCUGUUCUGCGUUGUUGCGUAGGACCCUACGGCUUGUUUUGUUCCUUGGCUUCCUCCAGUCGUCUGCUGAAAGUUUGUUGCAGUGUGUAGAGUUCCCUGGACGGCAGCUUAAGAUAGCAGCUGGUCAAGUCUGUUGUUUUCUUCUGGCACUCGUGCUGUGUCGUGAAACGAAACCAUGGGGAAGCAGAACAGCAAGCUCCGCCCUGAGGUGAUGCAGGACCUGCUGGAGAGCACAGACUUUACAGAGCAUGAAAUCCAGGAAUGGUACAAGGGCUUUCUACGGGACUGUCCCAGCGGCAACCUCUCCAUGGAGGAGUUUAAGAAAAUCUACGGAAACUUCUUCCCUUAUGGAGACGCCUCAAAGUUUGCGGAGCAUGUGUUCCGUACUUUUGACGCAAACGGCGACGGCACAAUAGACUUUCGGGAGUUCAUAAUUGCAUUGAGCGUCACGUCACGAGGGAAGCUGGAACAGAAGCUCAAGUGGGCGUUUAGCAUGUAUGAUCUGGAUGGAAACGGAUACAUCAGCAAAGCAGAGAUGCUAGAGAUCGUGCAGGCGAUUUAUAAGAUGGUGUCCUCCGUAAUGAAGAUGCCGGAGGAUGAGUCCACACCUGAGAAGAGAACAGAAAAGAUCUUCAGACAAAUGGACACCAACCGGGAUGGAAAACUGUCUCUGGAGGAGUUCAUCAAAGGGGCGAAGAGCGACCCGUCCAUUGUGCGUCUGCUACAGUGUGACCCCAGCAGUGCAGGACAGUUCUGAGAUCAGCGUCUCGUGCUUCAACCUUUUAUUUAUUUAUGGGUUUUAAUUUCGUUUUUUGAUAUAGUCGCUCCUUCCAGUCACAGGGAAAUGAUGGAGGGUCAGGUUUUUUUUUCUUUUCUUUCUAUUUUCCCAGACUAGGGCAUCUGGGUCUCAUCAGACUGAGCUUGGCCAGAUAUAGAAACACACACAUGCGCGCACAGAGUUAUUGGCUGUGUUUUCUCUGUAGGGAGCCACACCGGGUCUGCAAGAGGCCUGUGAUGGAGUGAAUUAGGGUUACUAGAGUAUUUAUCUGAACUCCAAUCACUUCCUGAUUAGAAAAGAGGUUUCAUGUUGGGGUAAAAAAUACAAUUCUAUUAGCUGAGGCAGUUUAAGCAUGACCAAGACCGGAAUAUAAGAUGGGAAAUAGUUUAUGCACUCAAUAAAACACAGUUGUGUCCUUUAUUAUUAUUUUUUUUAAUAUCUGAUGCCUGAAUCCUAGAUCAAACGGGUGACAAUAGUGUGUAAACAACUCAGCCUUAGUGAUUUCAGUAUUUGGCUUAUUUUUAACUUUUAGACUAUGUAGUUUCUCUCAAUUCAUAAUUAGGCCAGCUUUAUUAUCGGCAGAUCACAGUAUUAUUAUUCAGUGGGACCAAUAAAACAGGCAUGCAGAUUUUCUAGUUGUAUGAUUCCCCACGUUGUGCUUACAAUCUACAGAGCCUUAUUACUUACUGCUGGAAGCGCACAUCCAGUUUCGUGUGGAUUCGUUUGGUUUGAAUCAGAAAGACUGCCAUUCAAAAGACCUGAACUGAACUGAACUGCAUUCUCUUUUUCCAGUUUUCUAAUGUUUGUACUCUAGUAACUGUAGGCUUGUAUAUAAAUGUGAAAUAUCAGACACGCAUGCCAAACUGUACUCAGAGUUCCAUCUUAGGAUGCAGCGAUCAGUUUUAUUUUUAGCAAAAGCAUGUUAAUAAAUUAAUCUGCAUUUGUGGACAGGAGAGUAUUUGUGUAAUUUGUAUGCACGUGUUGUGUGUGUGUGUGUGUGUGUUUGGUUAAUAUCAGUUACAGCCCUGUUUGCUCACCCUGGUUCUAGAUGUUGUGUUGCAUUGUUUGCAUUAUUGCAGAACAUUUUUAUUGAAGAAGUAAUAAAGCUUUAUUCAUUCAAAGCUAAUAUAAUUUUAGACUCACUUUAAUCUGCUUUAUAGGCAGUCUUUAACCCUGGAUUGUACACAUGAGCAUCAUCAAGUUACUGAAUUGCCUUAAACACACUCCAAAGCGUUCCUGUGUAAGUUUUUUUUUUUUUUUUUAAAUCAAGCCUCAGUUGCAGUAAAUUUGCUUGAACUCGAAAUGAAAAUGAUCCAUCUGUUGGUGAGUUUAGCCGCUAUGCUCUUCCCGUUCACUCCUUUAGCAGAUGUAAUUAUGUUGACGGCCAUUUGCUUAAUAUAUUAAUUUGUCGAACACGCUCAUUUCCUAAAUAACAUCAAGAGUGUAAGAGGAAAUAGGACCCAUUGCUUUUCAAAUGCCCCUUGCAUUCAUGUUGUAUUCACACCUGUAUCCAUUGCACUUGCGGCACAAAUUUAAUUCAACGAUAGGUAGAGAGCAUUUAGUAGCUUCUAGUAGUUUCCGCAUCACCCUCUGCCCUGCUUUUAUCAAACGUGCCAACUGCUUCUACUGAUGUUCAGUGUUCUUGAAUGUCCCUGUUAAUGCCAAAUGCCUCACCACAGUGCAUUCGGUUCUGCUAUUCUGUUAUUUUACUUUUUAUCUUACUCGUUGAACAACUGCUGUUUUUGUAAAAAUAUUAAAACAGAGGCAGAUCAAAAUUUGUUCUGUUAUUUCAUGGUUUAUGCAUAUUUUAUGUCCCCCCCCCCCCCCCGUUUUCUUUUUAAACAUCUGACAUUACAUUUCUGUAUGACAAUAAUAUCAUGCAGUCGUGUGCCAAAAAUAUGAAAGCAGUAUUGUGGAAAUUUAUACUGUACAAUUGUUAUUUGUCAAACAAAUUGUUUGUAAUUCUUGCAUUUUGUAGAUUUUGUAUGGUAAUCUGUAUUUUGUGGCUGUAGAGAUUUGAGACCUAGAGAUUUGUUUUGGUUAUCACAUUGAGCAGAAAUUAAAUCUGGAGAGAACAGCG